CCCGGCCAUCGUGUCCCGAGGUUUUCUACCAUGAACUGGGCUGUUUGUGCGCCGGCRAGCUGUUCCGCAGCCGACAUAGAACAUGAGAUGUACUUAUUGCUAUCGAAGUACGUCGAUACAACCGAAAUCAAUUUGCGUCUUAAAGUCGAUCCGGAAAUGUGUCAGACGUAUAGGCCAUCAAUCGUGCCGACGACGGGUUCAUUGAUCGCAGUAUCGGUCUUUGGAAUUCUGUUCUUGGUCAUAAUCUUGUCUACCGUUAUGGACAAGUACAACAUGUUCCAGAGUGUGGAAARCACCGUUUCGAAGGUUCUGUACUCGUUUUCGUUGAAGAGGAACGUUCGGCAGCUGUUCAGCGUUAAUGAGUCACCUGAAGACAUCAGGUCAGUUCACGGGAUUCGCGCGCUAAAUGCUCUCAUGCUGCUGGCGUCUCAUAAGUCCAUGGCAAUGUUUUUCAACCCUUAUUCGAACCGGACCGCCAUGACAGAGAUAAACAUCAAAGAGAUGCUAGCCAUCGUCAUGGUGUCCGUGGUGCUCACCGUGGCCGUCGAAAUGCCAUUCAACAACAUCAAAACGUCGUUCGUGAAGAAGUCAUCCAGGGCAGAGACGGAAGCUCCUACCCCCGUGCCAAGCGUAGGAGGCGAUACAGAGUCACGACGWAACCGAUGA